AACUAUCAUGGUUGAUUACUGAUGUAUUGUGUUGCUGUUUCGCAUAUACAUAUGGAAGUUGGCCGAGGUAUACCCGCAAAUAUUGAUACAUGCUUCGACGCUUGCUUGUUAUAAUGCCAGGAAAAAGGCCAGGAUGACAGUUUGAACCAUUAGAUUUUGUUGGGGUGACGAAGUUGUUUCGUGAAAUAUGACUUCUUGGUUGAGCAACAUUACGACAGCGGGCGAUUUCGUUAGAAAUUUUCUUAGUUUUGAACAACCACCGUCUAGAGUACUGCAGGUAAAACCAGGAAAUUACAGCGAUAAAAUUAUUCAUUGCCGAGAGGAUGCCCUUGUGUUAUAUCAAACGACUGACACUCAAGCACGGGUUGACGUGUUUGAAAUCGUUCUCCAUCGUCCGUGCACAGAAACUUUGGAACAGUCGUUUAGCCUUUUCCGUGCCAAAACCCAGCAUGAUGCUGAAGUUAAAUUCCUGGAAUUCAAGGACAAAAUUCCAGUGCUUGUGACAGUAGCGAAAGAGUUGUGCAAUCUGCAGAGCCUACAAAAACUGUGUGAUGCCAUUUCCCAGAAUCCUUCGUACACUGUGGCACACUUGGCGGUGCUUUUCCAACUACAUGACCAUUUUCAGAAUGAUGUUAUUCGUGGGCUGCUAAACACGCCGGACGUGGCGACGGGCAUGACGCCCGUGCAGCUGGCGGUGAAGGAGGGCUCGCUGCGCACUGUGCAGGCGCUCCUAGCCGCUGCACCCUCGCUCGAGAGCCUCGAUCACGAGGGCAACUCUGUGUUCCAUUUCGCCGCAUCCUCCUCCAGGGACAUCAUAGUGGCCCUGAGCGCGGUCAGCGUGCAGGCGCUGAACUGCCGCAACCACAAGGGCCACACGCCGCUGCACAUGGCGUGCCUGGCGGACCGGCCCGAGUGCGUGAAGGCGCUGCUGCUGGCGGGCGCGGACGUGAACAUCCCGGCCACUCAGGGCGUGCCUGGCUCGUCGCCCACCCCGCCCUGGUUCAUCAAGGACGGGCUGCAGACCCACCUCAACAAGCUCUACGUGCAGGACAUGAAGGGCGGCGGCACGCCCCUGCACUGGUCGUGCUCGCGCGAGGUGGUGGGCGCGCUGGUCGCCAUGGGCUGCCAGCUGGACGUGCCGGACUUCGACGGCCGCACGGCGCUGCACGUGAUGGCGGUGCGGCGCCGGCUGGAGUGCGUGGUGGCCCUGCUGAGCCACGGCGCGGCGGUGAACGUGGCGGACGCCGCGGGCGACUGCCCGCUGCACGUCGCCGCACGCGAGGGGGACGUGCCCAUCGCCCAGGCGCUCGUGGCGUUCGGAGCCGACCUCACCUGGUGCAACAACCGGGGCGAGACGCCACGGCACUGCGUGCCAGCCGGCAAGGACUCCCUACUGUACGUGCUGCACGCGGUCGGGGCCCCGCGCUGUGCUCCGGGCACCAAGGGCUGUGACAAGGGCUGCUCCGCCAGCGAGAACUACAUCGGCGUGGCUCCGCCCACUCCACCCAGUGCCUUCACCCGCAGCCACAUGCAUCUGCUGCUCUCAGAGGCGGCGUCGGCCCUGAAGGGGUCCCGGGACCCGAGGGGCGGCCGCCUGCUGUGCCUGGACGGUGGAGGCAUCCGAGGCAUGGUGCUCGCAACGAUGCUCUGGGAGCUGGAGAAGGCGACUGGCCGCAGGGUGGUUGACUGCUUCGACUGGGUUGCGGGGACCAGCACCGGCGGGAUCCUGGCCCUCGGCCUCGCCUGCGGCAAGACACUGCAGCAGUGCCUGUGUAUAUACUUCCGCAUGAAGGAUGAGGCGUUUGUGGGCAUGCGGCCGUACCACAGUGUGCCCUUGGAGACCAUGCUGAAGGAUGAGCUGGGGGCAGAUCGGUGCAUGGCCGACAUCAAGAAACCCAGGCUGAUCAUCACGAGCGUGUUGGCGGACCGCAAGCCCGCAGAGCUGCACCUGUUCCGCAACUACCGGUCGCCCCGCCGGCUCCUGGGGGAGGAGCCCUCCCCGCGGACACUGGACGGUGGCGAGCUGGAGUCCCCGCCCGCCCCCGAGCAGCAGCUGGUGUGGAUCGCGGCCCGAGCCACCGGCGCCGCCCCCUCCUACUUCCGAGCGUUCGGCAAGUUCCUGGACGGGGGCCUGGCGGCCAAUAACCCCACGCUGGACGCUCUGACAGAGAUCCACGAGCACAACCUGGCCCUGCAGCACGUGGGCCGUGGCUCCGAGGUGUGCCCCGUGUCCGUGGUCGUGUCCUUGGGCACCGGCUUGGUCCCUCUGUCCAGGAUGAAGGAUAUAGACGUAUUCCUGCCAGACAGCUUGAUGGGUGCGGCACGCCUGGCCGCUGGCAUUACGUCGCUGGGCGCUCUGCUCGUGGACCAGGCGACUGCAAGCGACGGUCCCGUCGUUGACCGCGCACGUGCUUGGUGCUCCGUCAUGGGCGUGCCAUACUACCGCCUCACCCCGCAGAUGUCCGUAACACUGGCCAUGGACGAACGGCAGGACAGCAAGCUCGUGAACAUGCUGUGGGAGGCGCGUGCGUACAUGCACGAGCAGCGGGAGGUCAUGUUUGAGUUGGCAGCCCUGCUCACCAGCAUGCCUACUGGACGCUGCUGACUCCUGGGCCUCUCCCCCCACUGCAUCACUCUCUUUCCCCUGUUGCCAUGUCAACGCAGUGCUUGAUCUCGUCUUGUAGAAACUGUCUUUGGAAUAAGAGAUGUGAGAAGUAUGACAUUGUAAAAAUUUUGAAUCAUGAACUGUAGAGUUUGUUGGUACACCUGUCAGGUCUAGCAAAAUGAACACAAUACUCAGAAGAUUGAAAUUAUUGGUUUUUACAUCAAAAUUUUGUUGCCCUGAAAAUUGUUAUGUUUAGCAAAACCCCAUUGUUAUGACCCCAUUUAAAACAAAUAACCUCUCUAUUUUGGCCCCUUUUCAAGGAUCCAUGAAAAAUUAAAAAAUGUAAUAUUUGAAGUAAAUUGGCAGAAAAUAAAUUUGAAUUUGUUGCUUUGUGUUUCUCAUGGCAAGGGCUGAACUGCAUGUGAUGCAGUAGACACUUUCUACCUUCUUUUGUCUUUCCUGUUAUAGAUAACCGUGUCUUCCCGCUGGCCCGGCAGUCAACCAUUAUAAUAUCGCUUGCUCUUGAACACGCUUCCCAUCUUUGCGCUGCCCUCUCUGUUUGCUCCUGUUGUUACGACUUAGAUUUGUGUGAUUUAGGAUUACUUUUGGUUUAGAUUGCUGUUUGUUCACAAAAUUAAAUAAAAUGUUUUCACUGAUUAGGUAACAUUUUUGGUUUGAUUUGGUGGACAAUUGUGGGCGACCCACACAUUUUUUUGGACUCUGAUUUGGUUGCUCUUUAGGCAUGAUUUUGUAAACAGUUGUUUACAACCUGAUAUAAUUAUAUUAAUGCAAUGACUUCUGAUUUAUGAAAAAUGAAAUUAAAAUAGGACUCUGAUGGACAGUUUUUUUUUCCUUGUUGUGCCCAAAGAAAUUCUCGAAAUUGUCAGGAUUUUUUAGGGUUAUUCAUGUGGAGGGUUUUUAGUUUCCAUUACAUUCAACUAUGUUAAUUAAGGGAAAACUAAUGUAGAAAAAAGAAAUUUAACAGAGACAUAGCAUCUUCAUUAUCGGCUCAAUUUUACCGGUAAGAAAAUUAAAUAUAUAUUAGAACUGUCAGCAAACUGAUAAUGCUUUAUAUCUGCUGUAAAACAAUGCAAAGACUAUGUCAGCCCAGUUAUUCAUUUUGUUCAAUAUGUGGCGAAAGAAACUUGUAUAGAUCUGGCAGAAAACGUGGCUUUAAACAAAAAGAAUGAUUCCAUUAACCUGAUAUGUUACCAAAUAUUGUACUAUAUUUGAUGCUAUGACAUAUUUUUGUCGUAGGUAUACACAGCUCGCCCCUUCGCUCAUAGCGUUUUUAACUGCCGUCCGUCAGAGAGGUUUAUCUUGACAGCGAAAGCAAUUAACUUUUCCCGUGAAUUGACACAAGUAAAUAGGUUCCUUCACAGCGUAAAAAAAAAUUGCAAGCAUGGCACGCACACUGCAAAGCUGGCUGCCGUCCAUCCUAGCCUGCAUUCUCCUUCUCCGUUCUUAACAUUCCACGUCUCGUCAGCUCAUGCUAGCAAUAACAAAGCAAUGUCAUGGUAACCUUUUUGACCUCUGUGGCAUGAUAUAUAGUGAUGGCCCAUGUCUAAUAAAUUAAUAUUGUAAUGAAAAUCCCUUUCAUUUUCCCUAUGAAAUGAGUGUCAAAUAGACAUAGUGCUCAUUAAAAGAAAUAGAUUACUAUGUUUAUUUUCAUUUUGGUGACAGUAGGUGGUUGAAUGUAUUUUUUGUGGGUAUCUUUUCGUUUCGGAAGAUUACUUACUGCUAUUAAAGUAAAUUUGUAUUGGAUUUUGAAAACUUGUCAGUUUUGUGUCAGAGACAACAGAACGUUGGCUUGCUGCAAAAAACUGCACAUUUUGACAUGUGUGGGAGGUGGGUCAAUCAGUCCAAAAUGUUAAUUACAACCCUUUUCCCGGUGAACCGUGAGGGGUCGAUAUACCUGGGUUUUACGCUGAGAAAAUAUUGUUACAUUAUGAGUUUUUUGCUGCUCAUGCUCUUGUUCAAGUAUACCUAAACUGAUGACCAAUUUUCAAUUCAAUUUGUUCAGGAAAAGAGAAAUUUGCUGUGUUAAAAUCAUGGAAAGAGCUGACUCCUUACCAGAGUAAGAACAUACCCAAUAGUCUAUGUGUCACUGGAUUAUUAGAUUAGUUAUUAAAACAUAUAGUUUAGGAACCUCAGGUAAAGCAUUAUAUGUAAUUAUAUAUAUACAGUGAACUGAUAAAAAUAAAAUAUGAAAUACUAAUUUUAGUACAGUGGACCGCAAACCAUAAACGGGUGUCUCAAGUAGGUAUGGCUUAUGGCACUUAAGCAUAGGCUGUGCAGAAUUUCGAAAUGCAAGAGAUGAGUGAGCAAUCAGCUGUUUUAAUAGUUGUGCUGAAGAGAGAGUUUUCUACUGUUACAGUGUAAAGAGUUUUUUUGUGUUGACGAGAAGAUAAAUUUAUUUUGUUUUGAUUAAGGCUGUGCUUGGUAUGCAACAUUAGUAUUAUGUUUUUUCUAUUUUUUGUUGUAUAAAAUAUUUACAACAAACUUGUUCCUGAUGAGAAUUCUCUUGGAGUUUCAGAAUAAAUAAAAAGUUAUAAUAAAAAUUUUAGUUAUCCAGUGUUUAGGGUAUGAAUUACACAAAUGAUAAAUGGCCAGUAUAAAUAGGUUUGUUAUAAGUUGGAAUAUAAUUGAAUAUUAUUCAUCAAAUUGUUAAGUUUGUAAACAUGUAUGCUUGUGUGUCCAUUUCAUGUCCUAGCUAUGGCACAAAUAUUUUUAUAUUGUAUCCUUUAGUAUAUACAUAGAUCUAUGCCAAAAAUACAUUAAUAUAUUUCUGUUUAGAAUCUAAUAUGAAUAAACUAUUUGCAAAGGUUAA